GUCCCCCUCCUACGCCGCCCUAAAACUGCAAUCCCGCCUGGCCGCCUCUCUCUCUCUCUCUCUCCCCCCCUCCCUCGCUCCUGUCAUCGAACUCGAGACCGCACGCAAAGAAUGGAGAAGGAACCGGAGGAUCUCCUCUGCGAGGCGGCCACCGCCGGAGACUCUGCCAGGAUCCAGGACCUCCUCGCCGCCGGCGCCGACCCAUCCUACUUCGACUCCCAGGGGAUGACUCCACUCAUGCACGCCGCCCGCCACGGCCGCGCCGACGCCGUCCGCCUCCUCCUCGCCGCCGGCGCCCCCUGGAACGCCCUAUCUCCCUCCGGCCUUUCCGCCGGCGACCUCGCCAUGGAGCACUCCCACCAGGACGCCUUCGACGCCCUUCUCAACGCCGCCAUCCAGGCCGAGCUCGUCCUCGGAACCAUCGCCCGCACGGACCGCAAAAACGGCGGCGGCGGCGGUGGCGAUUCCAACUAUCUGGAGGAGAGGGUCGCCUUCAGCGAGGAUAAGCUGAUGGAUGCGGAGAGCAAGGCGGUGAUGAUGGCGUGGGAGAGGCCGCUGAUGGAGGCCCACGCGAGGGCCAUCUGUGGGAGCGGCGGCGGGGGACGCGUCCUUAAUAUAGGCUUCGGGAUGGGCCUCGUGGAUGAGGCUAUUCAGCGGUAUAAGCCUCUGGAGCACACUAUCGUGGAAGCUCAUCCGGAGGUUCGUGACCGAAUGCUUCGACUGGGGUGGGGAGAGAAGGAGAAUGUGAAGAUCGUGUUUGGCAGGUGGCAAGAUGUCCUCUCUCAGCUCGGAUCUUACGAUGGAAUAUUCUUCGACACCUAUGGGGAAUACUAUGAGGACCUGAGGCAAUUUCACCAGCACCUCCCUAGGCUACUAAAACCUGGAGGAAUCUAUUCAUACUUCAAUGGCCUUUGUGGUGGUAAUGCAUUUUUCCAUGUAGUUUACUGUCAGUUAGUUUCACUAGAACUUGGAAAUCUAGGAUAUUCUACACAAUUCAUUCCCUUGCCUGUUAAAGAUUGCUUGGCGGAGGAGGUUUGGGAGGGUGUGAAACACAAAUACUGGCAGCUGGACACAUAUUACCUCCCUGUUUGUCAGGCAGCAUGUGAUUCUGAAUGAUAUUAAUUUGAAUUCGAAUGUUUAACUGUUUGGAAUUUGAGGCAUGUAUAAAAUAUGCACUUCCGCUGCA